UGUAUAUUAAAAGCAGGAGAGUGCAGAAUCACGCCACCUUUGGUUAAAGAAAGGGAAUAAAGUUGGGUACAACUUCUCUGCACAGGGCUUUCUUUUAUAUUUUGCUUCCAUCAACGUUAAAACACAUCAAACCCAACCUAAAAGCGUUUCUGUGAGUAAUAGGUUCUCUUUAAUACAGAAGAGAAAGGGCUAAAGUGGGAGAAGUGUUGUUAUGGCGUCAACACUGCUAUUGGUGUUGGUUUUUAUCUUUGAUCUCAUAGCUUUUGCACUUGCUAUUGCUGCUGAGCAGAGGAGGUCUACUGCCAAUAUCUCCACGGAUGCAAACAAUAGCUACUGUAUUUAUGAUUCGGAUAUUGCCACUGGCUUGGGUGUCGGGUCAUUGCUGUUUCUACUGGCUAGUCAACUUCUUAUAAUGGUGGCAAGUCGAUGCCUGUGCUGUGGGAAGGGUUUGAGACCUGGCGGUCCUAGGGCAUGGGCAAUUGUCCUAUUCAUCACCUGCUGGGUGACAUUUCUUAUUGCUGAGGCGUGCUUGCUGGCUGGUUCAGUGAGAAAUGCCUAUCACACAAAAUAUAGAUCUCUUUUGACUGAUGAGCCUCCUUCUUGUGAGACCUUGAGAAAGGGAGUGUUUGGGGCAGGUGCUGCCUUCAUUGUUUUUACCGGCAUAGUCUCUGAGCUUUAUUACGUUAGCUACUCCAAGGCAAACAAUGGUUUCGUGCAUAGCGGAGACACAGGCAUAAGGAUGGGAGCAUACAACUAAAUUCAGAGAGGAGAGAUUCUAGUGUCUGUUUCAUAGAUUUUACUUUUGAACCUUCCUCAUAUUAUUAUGAACAGCUAGAAUGAUGGACUACAUGUUAGCUUUCAUAUUGAAUCUUAUUAGACAGUAAUGGGUUAUGUUUUUAAAUCAUUAGAUUGGUUUGAAUUUUCGUAUAUAUUUAUAUAUAUGUAUUUGUAA